AUGGGGGGAUAUCCGUUUGAAGAAGAUUGUGAGUUUAUAUGGCCUCACACUCUUGUUUUGGUUGGAAAGACUGGAAAUGGGAAAAGUGCUACUGGGAAUAGCAUCCUUGGAAUGCAGAUGUUCAAAUCAAAGCGCAAUUCAUCUGCUGUAACAACUACUUCUGAAUCGAAAACAAUUGCAUUGGAAGAUGGCCAAACUCUUAAUGUGAUUGACACUCCUGGAUUGUUCAACUCUUCUCUUGAUAUUGAUUUUGUUGGGAAGGAGAUUCUCAAGUGCAUCAGUAUGGCUAGGGAUGGUAUUGAUGCCUUUCUUGUUGUCAUCUCAGUUUGUUGUCUCUUUGUAGAAGAUGAAAAAGCUGCUAUAAGUCGAUUGCUCACUUUGUUUGGAACAAAAUUUUACGAUUACAUGAUAAUAGUUUUCACUGGUGGAGAUGAACUUGAAGAUGAUGAUGAAAGCUAAUUAGAAGAGUUUUUACGAGACUCUCCCAAAGCAUUACAGAAAACCCUUAACUUGUGUGGGAAUCGGUGUGUUCUCUUUGACAACAAGACAAAAGAUCCAACUAAGAAAUCAAAUCAAGUGCAAAAGCUUCUUUCUCUUGUAAACACGGUUUCAAAAAAUAAUGGAGGAAAGCCAUAUACCAACGAGAUGUUUACUGAACUGAAGGUUCAGUCAAAGCUGAAGGAGACAGCUAUGAGGCAUGAACAAGUAAUGGCAGAAGAGCAGACUGCUCGAUUGAAGGCUGUAGAGAAUACUACAACUGCUCAAAAGAACUUAGAAAAAAUGUUACAGAAGGUUGACUCGGAAAUCAAGGAGAAAACUUGGACGCUUGAACAACUAUUGACUGAAGAACGGAUUCCUCGGCUGAAGUCGGAAGAGAAUGCUAAAAUUGCUCAAAAGAAAUCAGAUGAGGAGAUUCAGAAGGUUGAAUCAACGUUCAAAGAGACAACUUUGAAGCUUGAACAACUAUAUGAAAAAAUGUUGACAGAAGUUCUUGAUUUGACUGAAGAAGACUUGAGUGAGAAGUUUGCUAAUGGUGUCUCCAUGGUCACAUCUCUAGCUUUAGCCAUCCAUCAUCCAACCAUGGCAGCUGCUCCUCACAUGCUCAUCAAUGGUUACAUGAAUGCUUUGUCCAUUGCUGUUGCAACGAAUUACUCAGAGAAGAAGGAAGUGCCAGAAGUGGAGUCCGAUGAUGACAUGGGCUUUGGUCUGUUCGAUUAG